ACUGGAGAACUUGAUCUUGACCAACACGUUUAGAUUCAUGGGAAAAAAACCUCACAAUUAAAGCUUCAAUCUGAAAUACAACUACCAGAAAGGUUUGCCAAACUUUGGAUUUUCUGAAUUCAUCUUUUGGGAACAUUUUUCUUUCUUUUCUUUUUUUUUGCCUUAUUUUUAUUUUUUAUUCCCACGCCUGGGAUUAAACUUCCACCCAGUCAGUGUGGUCUCCUCCUCCCCCAGAGAGAGAGGGUGUAGAGUUGGCCCAGAGAUGAAGUCUCUUUUCCCGCUUGCUGUGUGUUGCAUCAGCCUGGUUUCCCUCCAGCAGCUCCUGGCUCUGCCUGUGGAGGACCGUCCCAACAGGAACAGGUCGGACCUCUUCGACAAGCUCAUUGACCGGACAGAGGAUGAACCCUCAGCGUCAGGAAGCCAGACUCACGACGCCGUCGCCGUCACCGUCACCGUCCCCUCUCCGACACCCAGCCGAUCCCCGAAAUGGCUGCCCCCCUUCCUGAGACACCAACCAGCUUCAGGAGCGACGAGAAAAGCCUCGCGAAGCCUGGCGUGGGCAAGACCCGCUGAGGCUUCAGGAGCGACGAGAAAAGCCUCGCCAAGCCUGGCGUGGGCAAGACCCGCUGAGGCUUCAGGAGCGACGAGAAAAGCCUCGCCAGGCCUGGCGUGGGCACGACCCGCUGAGGCUUCGGAGCGGAGGGCGGCGAGAACUCGUCGCCAUGCCCACUCGGGAUCGCGAGGCGGUCACCACUACAACAACCACCACGCCAAGCUGAUGAGAGUGGGUUGCGUCCUGGGAACCUGCCAAGUGCAAAACCUCAGCCACCGGCUCUACCAGCUCAUUGGCCAGAGCGGCAGAGAAGACUCGUCGCCCAUCAACCCCAGGAGCCCCCACAGUUUUGGAUGAGUUAGUUGACCCCCAAACACCCACAGCAAGUCUAUCUAUAUCCCCAUUUAUCUCUUAAUGUAUUACUGGUAGUCGCUGCAUUAGAGUUUGAUGUAGUUUGUUUAUCUAUCUUCCCGUAAAUGACUGUUGUGCCUCUCUACUUUUUGUGCGGAUUGAUGGAUUUGAAGAUUCAAAUUCAAGAUCAUGACUGACUUGAAAUCCUCAAAUUUCUCCCACCACCCUGAGGACCUUUUGAAGGACGUUCAAGUCUCGUCAAAGUCUUACUGGUUCUCCCUUUUGAAUGCUCAAAAGAAGGCCUCCGCUUGACGUCUUAAUCCUGUUGAUAUGCGAAUGAAGGCUUGUCCUCGACACCAUCCAGCGGCCCGGUCCUGUCUGCCAGCUGACCUCUCUGAGAUCUCAUUGAUCAAACACUUAAGCCCUUAAUGUGGAUUUCAACCUGCACUGAGCUCUGUCCAAACCGAUAUAUUCCCAAAGACCCCGAUGAACCCUUUUACCUCUUUUUUUUUGCCCCGCCUUUGUGUCAACUCCCAAGUCGUUUCACAACUGCAUACAAUCACGAUAUGAUGAUAUAUCCCAAGAAUCUUCCACAAGCUUUCAGUCGAACUGGGAAUUCGUCACUCAGCAGGACUUUUGUGUUUCAGGGACCGCAGUUUACGUUUGAAACCAGCCACAGCACCGCUCGGGUUACACUCGAGUUUCAGAGAGUCUGAGGACUAAACCACAUAAACUCCACGCAGAAAAUGAAAAAGAAAGUCAGCAUCCAGAGCCUUGGAAGGAAUCUACACAGAAAUUCAGGAUCAGUUUCAAUGUUGCAUUACAGUAGCCUGUUCGCCAACGCAGUAGGUAGCAAAGUGAGCCUUGGAGCCACACGGAUAAGAGCUCCGUCGCACCCCCGCUGACAUUUUCCCCCCGCCGGAGGCCAAGUCUGAAAUCUUAGCCUUUUCACGUGAUUCAUAAGUUGCCCUUAGCGAGUCAGGACUUUGGGUUGACAGCUGUUUAAUAAAACUGACCUAAUCACUUCAAGCAUAUGUACCGCCACAGCAGGAGGAGAGCAAGGCAUGUGGCUUCUACACAUAUGCAGUUUGAAGAUAUUAAAGGGUCGGUUCACCAAAAAAAAACAACUUAGAAAUGUUGCUGAAUUAUUUUAAUGCCAUUUUUUAGUGCACAGACAAAAUUACAUUCACCACUUGUGUAUUGGUGUGGAGGUACAAAUCUCUAAAAGUUGUCUAACAGUAAUGUUGCAGAAGAAUUGAAAAUUAAAGGUCAACUCUUCCCUACAAUUCCCUAUAGACCCUUUUUCUGUUAGCAAACAUGAUGACGUAUCGUGGCGGAUCUCCAUCUAUUAAACUCUUCGCCGAUAUUUUAGCUCGCUAUAGAGCCUCACAGUUUGUCAUCUCAAAUGUAUGCAGUAUUGAUUCUGGCAUCCUACAACACAGCAAGAAGACAGUUUCGAUGUGUAACUUUAGCCUAAACUCUGAGGUGAUUCAUGUUCGCCUCCAGUCUUUCCUUUAGCUCCAGAUAACACCGUGACGUAAUCAUGACGUCGACACUAAAAGGGUCUAUAGGCAACACUUAACACAUUGUAGUAUAUAGGCCAACAUCAUUCUUUUAGUAUGUUUUGAAAGUAGUCCUGAGACGACUGUUACAUUGCGGGUUUCUUGUGCGAGACCAGAGCGACCAAAAUGUUAUGUGUGCCCCAAUUUCAAACACAAAAUAGCGUAUAGCGCCAUCAUAAAAACCACACAACGCCCUGACAUGUCCUCGUGUGAGGAAUGUCCGUCUCUGAGAUGGUGUGGCGAUGGACUGAGAAUAACUGAGGUCAAGCUCGAACUCAUCAAGCAUACUCAAAUUUGACAGGCCUUAAACCAUAUGUAUAAAAA